AUGCAGACUAAGCCGAAGAAAGGAACCCGCACGGCAGCCAACAGAAAGGAGGCUAUUAAGGAGGAAUAUCAACGGUGGAAGAUAAUAAGAUUGGUGGAUAUAGAGCAGCAGUUAAAAGCGUUAGUAGGCGAAAAGGCCGAAUUUCAGGGCGUGCAGAGACCAGCAUUAAAGGCCAUUAUACACUAUAAGAGCCCGGUAGUUGCUAUUAUAGGCACAGGUGGAGGCAAGAGCGUAUUAUUUAUGUUGCCAGCAUUAUGUUCAACAGGCGUGACAGUAGUAGUUAUGCUAUUAGUGUCGUUGCAGGAGGACAUAAAAAGCCGUUGCAACAAAGCCGGCAUUAGUUGCGUUGAAUAG